UGAUAAAUGCACACUAGGGACAUUGCCAAGACUGGUUGAUGAAACGCCAUACAAAUCAGUUGCAACCUUGAAACUUUUAACUGGGUUCAUUGUAAGAGCAGAUUCGUUUGCUUCAGAAAUCUGUGGCCUUCCAUUAGCAAUGACCAUCUCCAGAAAGGUGGCAGUGUUCAGCAGUAGUGAACCACUGAUUGUGACAAGUUUUACUGACUUACUAACAUCUAUACCAGAUGUUGCACUUCAUGCUGAAAUAGCUGACCUCUAUAUGGAACAUAUCACACAAUCAUCUUCUCUGAUGGUUAUGCAGAUUGGAACGUUUGCAUCAAUGCUUCCACGCAUCCUGGUUCACCAAAAAUUUGCAUGCAAAUCUUUGAUACCAUGGCAACAGAAUACUGAUUUUCCCUCACAUCAAUGGAUCGCUAGUUUAUGGCAGUAUCUUAACACAGAGAUCAAUAAGAUUUCCGAAAAAAACAAAACUGAAGGAUGGUUAAGAAAUCAGUUGGAACCAUUGUCAACAUGGUGUUUAUUGCCUGCAAGGAGAGAUACCUUGAACUUCUUUCUCUGUUCCAUCAAAGAUUCUUCUAAAAUUAUUGACCUGGACAGUGUCACAGAAAAGACAUGUGCUAGAGCUCUGGAAAAAGUGAAAAUUCUUCAUUUUGGUCAAACUAUGUUCAAUUGUGAUAAGUUCAAAAAUGUCAGAACUGUUGAACUUGUUCCAAACUUGGUGGCAAACUGGAAAAACCCUGAUGCAGUUCUCUUUGCUCUCUCAGCAGUAGACUUUUCAGAAUGUGAAUCACUGUCUGAAAUAGAAACAGAGCCAUUCUUGUACUAUUUUUGUAAGAAUUUAGACAGUUUGAAGCAAUCACAAGUUUUCCCCAACUUAAAGGCAGGGUUAAAGAGUUUGCCAUUUUACCCUACAGUGAUAGGUCGACUGGUGCCCUUAGCGGGGGAUGUGCAUGCAGUGAAAUCCUCAUACGAGCUGCCAAAGGCUGGCCUGGACCACUGGAGUGCAGUGACAGGGAGAACUCUCCUCAAGUACAAUGAACUAUUAAAGACACUGAUCAAGUACCUUGGGGUACCAACACUGACACUGACAGAAGUGUACUCCAGUUUACUGAUACCAUCCUUCCAUCAUUUCCCAGGGAGCGCAAAACCUGACCAUCUUAAAUUCAUUAAAGAAUCGCUUCUGCAAAAAUCUGAGAACUACAGCGAUGAGCAAUGGCAGUUGAUAGAGAAGUUGAGAAUGUUGCCAUUCAUUGAAACAAGUGAUGGAAAGCCUCACAGAGCGGAAACAUUUUACAGUAGGAACCAGGUUGUAUUUGCCACAAUGUGUCCUGAUUCUGCCUUUCCUCCUGCCCCAUACAAUGAAGAUGAAUGGUACAAUUUUCUUGUCCUCAUUGGUCUUCAAGCAGUUGUCACUGUUGAACAAUUUGUAAACUUUGCAAAAGAAGUGGAGAGAUUAGGGUUGGGAGGAAUUUCCAAAGAUGUUGCAAAGAAGUCUGCAAUUCUUAUUGAGCAUCUUUGUAGGAGACCUAAAAAGAUACAGGAAGGUAUCCUGGGUAGGGUAAAGGACAUUAAGUUUCUUCUGCCGUAUGUAGUGGAUAAAGAGCAUGAAACUGGUACUGUGUUGACCCAAAUCCACCCCCAGUUUCAAGCUGCCAAGACUCUGGUUUGCUUUUCUGAAUCACUUGGACCACAACACUGCUAUUGUGUUUGGACCAGUUGCACAAUGUUCCGCACAAAAGACGAUCCAUCUGAAUCAGAAUAUGGAGACAAGAAGAAGAUUGUUCAUUCACAGCUUUGGAUACCAGAUUCUCCUCCAGCAAAUAUAGUUGUUCAACAUGUACUGAACAUCUGCACCUCAAUGGCAAAGAUGCAGAAAAAACUACCAAUACAAAGUGAAGAUAUUGUUGACUCUUUGAAGAAAGUGAUGAAAGCUGUGUAUGAAUAUUUACAAGACAAUGGAAUUUCAGAUGCAAUGAAGGAAAAACUGACUGCCACCUGCACUAUAUAUUUACCAGAAAAACAAAUCUUUGUAGCUGCAGAUAAAGUAGUUACACGCCUCAGCGUGGAUGAAGUUAUUGAUGGUUAUGUCUACUCAGGUCCACUAAGUUUUGGUGAGUUUUUCCCUGUGUUUGAAGCACUAGGAGCGGCAAAAACUGCCUCAGCAAACACAUUUGCUUGUGCAUUGCAGAAACUACAAGGUCAAGUGGGCAACAAGGAGUUGAAUCCAAAUGAAUUACUUGUUGUCAAAACUGCACUGAAUUUGUUAUUCAAGAAGUAUCUUCGUAAUAACACUGGUACAAGUCUUGAUCUCUGUUCACUGUUUCUACCAAAUUGUGACAACAUCAUGACUCUGUCAACAAAACUAGUAUUUUCUGACAACAGUUCAUUGAGGCAAAGGGUGAAAAAGUUGAAACCUAACUUCUUUUUAGGAUUCAGAAAGUUGGAGAUUGAUGUAAUAAAUCCUUUGCACACCAUUUUGCUCCUUCCACCAGAACACAGACCCACAAUACUGAGUAAGGUCAUGAAGGAACAACUGACAGAUACAUGUAUUGGAUCAGCAUGUAAAGGUAGCAUUUCAUCCAAGAUUCUGACUGUGAUCCAGACACCUGAAUUCAUAUCAGGACUUGUACGACUUGUCAACCAUGAGAAAAUCACGAAAGAAUUAAGACCACUAGAAAGAGCAGACUGUGAGAAACUUGAACAUAAUUUGUCGAAUAUUGAGCUCUUUGAAGUUGAGUGUCUGGAAACUUGCAUUAUCUAUGAUGGAAAUAUUGUUGAAGGAAGUGAAUCUACCCAGACAUGUGUAACUGUUGAGGAACAACAAUCACUGUCCAUAUACAUUUCUACAGAUGCUAUGACUAUAGAUGAAGAUUCUGUGUAUUCCCGUUUGUCCUUUGCCAUCAAUGCACUAACAGGGUACCAUCUUGGACAAAGCUGUGCAAUUCUUAUGAAACUGUUAAAAUGUGAGCCACAAGUGAUACAUGGAAUACUAGAUAUGUUCAAAAUCACUGCUUUUGAUUAUUCCUCUAGUCAGAUGUGCAGAACUGUAUUCCCACCACCAGGUACAAUCAUCCCUGAGAAGUUUCACUUCAUGUUAGACAACAGUUUUUCCUAUUUCAAGGAAGGAGAGUAUGCAGGUUAUGAAGUGUAUGAUCCUCUGAUUGAUGAUGAAGGUGAUGACCUCACUGGGGAGAUGGAAGCUGGAGAUGUCUUCAUAGUGUAUGUGAUUAUAAAGAAAGUUGUGACAUUGGGAGAAACUCCUCUCCAAGCCAGAUACAUUAUUGAAGGAAAAGAUGGGGCUGAAAAGGAGGUUUGUGCCACUCAGCUUUACAAGUUUUUCAGAGAUACAGAAGAUGGGAUGAUAGAAAUAAGCAUUGUAUCACCAGACUCACCUCUUGAAGUUCCACUAGCCUUGGAGGAUGUUUUGAGAGAGAUUCGAAACACUUUGAAGGAAGCCUGGGCUAUGCUUGGUGAGAGGGAUAGGAACAGGGUGAAGAAACGUUUGUAUUUCAAGUGGCAUCCUGACAAAAAUCCAGACCGAAGUGAUUUCUGCAAUGAAGUCUGCAAGUAUAUUGGUAUAUACAUUGAAAGACUGGAGAAGGGACUAACCAUUGAUGAUAUUCAAGAUGAAACUGAUGGAGGCAGUUCAACAGAUUAUGCAUGGUUCCACCAGUUUAAUGACAGAACUUCAAGACACAGAUCAUAUCAGAGGGAGUAUCAACACUCUCACCAUCACUUCAGGGGAGGCAGCUAUGGAUCUGGAUAUGGAUCUGGCUCCUACCACCAGUCUAAAGGAAAUCCUGAUCUGUCAGAAGCGAGGAGGUGGCUGCGUCAAGCCAGGGCAGAUCUGGAUGCUGGUAGAGAAGUCUUGGGUCUGUCAAGGGCGUACAACUGGAUCUGUUUUAUGGGUCAACAGGCUGCUGAAAAGGCCAUCAAGUCCAUGCUAUACAAUAAAGACUCCAGGCAAGCUGAUGUGAUGAGAACCCAUGAUUUAUCCAGCCUAUCUAGUGGUUUAGGUAACCCUUCCCUGACAUCCCUGGCCUCCCAACUACAGAAUGUUAUACAGGACUUCAACCGCCUGCGCUACCCGGACAGACUUGCCUACCCCAGGAUCCCAGCUGAUGUAUACACACAGGCUGAUGCCUCACAAGCAUGUGAGCUGGCUGGCAAGAUUGUGUGUCUGGUGGAACAGUCUCUACACUAAGGUAGAAUCUGUUCAUACUCUGAUUGUCCAGGACUCAUAGACAGCAGAACAGCAUGGACCAUGUGCAUAGUGGCAGUUUCCUUCAGGCGGCAGGACACCUUGCAGUCAGUCUUCAUACAGCCAACUGUCAUGACAUUGUCAUUCACACACUGAAGUUAGAUGUUUUGUACAUAUUGCUAUAAGACAAAUCAACUCUCCCUCAACCAUUUCAAAAAAAUUGUUUAAUCAUUUUUUGUAUUUGAAGAGUGCGAAGAUAUAGUUGUUUUUACUCAUUUCCCAGAAGAGAUACAUUGUCUUGGUAUUUGUUUUUUAUAUUAUUAUCAUUCCUGUUUGUACAUUCUUUGUUCAGAUGUAAAUAACAACGUAUUGAUUCUAUUUUAUCUAUUCUUCAAACUUGAGACAGUAAUUAUGUAAAGUGGAUUGUUCUUGUUUUCUGGAAGUGUGAACAUGCAGUAGUUUACUUGAGAAUAACACAGUGCUCUUGACAAUAUUAUACAUUAUAGACUGGUGAUGAGGUCAGUACCUGUUUUUAUGGACCCAUCAAUAUUGCUUUUCGCGGGUCCAUAAAAACAGGUAUUGACCGAAUUCGCCAGUCUAUAAUUGUUUUAGUAUGUAAUUACCGAGAAAAAUUCAAAACUUGUCCAUUUAGCCAAGAAAGGAAUUAUUUUCACUACAAACCAAUAACGUUAUGUCAACA